UUGAAGAUAUUUUCAUGAAAGACUUACAAUAUGUACAGUCGUAUGUUUUGGGGAAUAAUGACUCUUUCGACAGCGCCGUGACAUGAAUUUGGGUCUCUUACGUAUCCCGCAGAGAGCAAAAGAAGCUACGUCUUCAUCACCGAGCAGGAGCAUGCCCAAAAUGUCCGCGCUUACCCUAAUCGUCAGUAAAUCAGAAAAGCCAGUGCAACAGGUCCCUUUCAUAGUUGCUCACAUGCUGUGAAAUAAAGCCAGCGACAGAGAUUGCUUUUAAUUACUGACGUAAAAACACAGCAGCGAACGUCUUAGGAUGACGUCCCCGAGCGCUUUCGCUUCCCACGGCGCUGCCGCGCGAAAGCUGACGCCGCCGGCGGCAUCGUCCUGCUGUCACUUCACACGACCGCUAAGCAGAAAAUUAGAUUAAAUAAAAAUUGUCUCUUGGCCAGAAAAAUGAAAAUAUGCAAGUCUGCAAUAUCAGUGGAGAACAGUUUACUGUGCAUUUGUAAACGAGCUGGGGACUUAAAUCCUGAGAAGCCCAUUCUGCUGACGCCAGCGUACUGGAGCCACUGGCUUCUGAGGCAGACUGGGAUUUGUGAAGUGACUUUGCAGUGCUCUCUGGUUGUUAGACGACAUAAUGAACUUCCCAUGUGAAGAGGAGGUGGAUUUACAGUAAAGUAUGCAGACGUGGAUUAAGGCAUUGCUGAAACGCGGAAAAGAUUCAAAUUCCCGUUCAAAGGAAAAGUAUUCCAUUCACAAGCUAUUGGAUGACAGCAUUAUUUGCCCUUGGCAACUGAAGAUGAUGUUACUAUGGAAACAACUUGUGAUUCUAUCAGUCAUUGGCUGCCUGGCAGCUUUUGCAGAAGAUGAAAUGUUCCUUGGUCCAAGGUGGAUAACAGAACCCAGCGAUUUGACACUCCCCAUUGAUUCCCCCGACCAGGAGGUCACCAUACCAUGUGAAGCAGGCGGGGACCCCCCCCCACAGUACAGGUGGUCACUAAACGGAACGCUCCUUGUUCUCGGCAGCGACUACAGACGUCACACGUCCAGGGGCGACCUAAUCAUUAGUCGCCUGGACAGGAACCACGACACGGGGCUGUACCAGUGCACGGCGCUGAGCCCACUGGGGGCCGUCCUCAGUAGGAGGGCCAGCCUGCAGUUUGCCUACUUAGAGAAUUUCAAAGCCCAGCUGAGAAGUGCCGUCUCAGUGCGCGAGGGACAAGGCGUGGUGUUGUUGUGCGGCCCCCCGAUGCAUUCUGGAGAGCUUAGUUUCUCUUGGGUGUUUAAUGAAUACCCAAACUUCAUACAACAAGACAGCCGGCGGUUUGUAUCACAGGAGACAGGGAACCUCUACAUUGCUAAGGUGGAACCAUCAGACGUGGGCAACUACACCUGCGUGGUGACCAACUCCAUCACCAAGGGGAAAGUCCUAAGCUCUCCUACCCUACUGACCUUGAGGACAGACGGAGCGAUGGGUGAAUAUGAACCAAAAAUUGAAGUUCAUUUCCCUGAUGCCAUUCCUGCAGCAAAAGACUCUGUGGUUAAGCUGGAGUGCUUUGCUCUGGGAAACCCAGUCCCUGAAAUCACCUGGAGGAGAAUGAAUGGGGUCCCAUUUCCCAGCAAGGUGAAUGUGAAGAACUCUGGUGCUGUCCUAGAGAUUCCCAGCUUCCAGCAGGAAGAUGCCGGGACGUACGAGUGCAUGGCCGAAAACAGCCGGGGAAAGAAUACAGCGCGUGGCCGUCUAACAUUCCACUCAAAGCCCCACUGGAUCCAAACGAUGCAGGACACGGCCGUCUCCGUAGGGACCGGCCUGUACUGGGAGUGCAAGGCCAGUGGGAAGCCAAAGCCCUCUUACAGCUGGCUGAAGAAUGGGAAGAUCCUCGCCUCCGAGGGAAGGCUGAUGAUUGAAAAUGGAGUUUUGUCCAUCUCCUCUUUGGACCUGUCAGACGCUGGGAUGUAUCAGUGCAUCGCUGAAAACAAACAUGGAACUAUUUACUCCAGUGCUGAAUUGAUGGUCUUAGCCUCGGCGCCCAGCUUUUCCCGCGACACACUGAGGACGGUGCUGAAGGCACGCACAGGAAGUGAGGUCGUUCUGGAGUGCAAGCCCCAAGCUUCUCCCCAAGCUAUUAAACUCUGGAAGAAAGGGAAUGAGGUCCUGCACCCCAACGAGAGGAUUUCACUGUAUCCUAACGGAACAUUAAGGAUCUCAAACGUGACCCGGCGGGACGGCGGCAGCUACACUUGUAUAGCGCGAAACCAGUUUGGAACUGCGAGCACUACGGGAAGACUGCUAGUUACUGAGCCCACGAAAAUAAUCCAGAGGCCGAGCGACAUGGAGAUUAUAGUCGGCGAGAGCAUCGUGUUGCCCUGCCAGGUAGCCUGUGACCCAGUUCUCGAUGUGUCCUUCUCCUGGGCUUUCAACGGCCAGCUGAUUGACUUCUACAAGGAGGUGGAUCAUUUUGAGAGAGUGGGAGGGGCUGUUUCAGGAGAUUUGAUGAUUCGCAACAUUCAGCUGCGUCACGGUGGAAAAUACGUCUGCAUUGUCGAUACGGAUGUGGAGAGCUUGUCAUCUGCUGCAGUCGUGGUUGUGAAAGGUCCCCCAGGACCCCCAGGCACCGUGGUGGUGGAGGAGGUGACAGACAGCACCGCUCAGCUUUCCUGGAGUCCUGGCAGAGACAACGGCAGCCCCAUCACUGGAUACAUCAUCCAGGGGAGCACAGCCUACACUGUGGGCUGGCAGGUGGUCAAUACAGUGCCUGAAACGAUCGAUGGAAACACGCUGACAGCCACCGUGGUGGAUUUGAAUGCCUGGGUGGAGUAUGAGUUUCGUGUGGUCGCCAGUAACAAUGUGGGCAUGGGGGAGCCCAGUCCUCCCUCCAUCAAAGCCAGGACAGAGGACACCAUCCCCGAUACAGCGCCCUCUGAUGUUGGGGGAGGUGGUGGUACUAAAUCUGAACUGGUGAUAACGUGGGAGCCGGUGCCAGAGGAACUGCAGAACGGUGACGGCUUUGGAUACAUCAUAGCCUUCCGACCACAGGGCGGCAUCACCUGGACACGCGCCGUCAUAUCCACGCCCGGACUGGGCAGAUAUGUCUUCCGCAACGACACCAUUCCGACGUUUUCUCCAUUUGACGUUAAAGUGGGAGCGUACAACAAGAAGGGGCAGGGCCCGUUCAGCCCGAUCGUCACGGUGUAUUCGGCGGAGGAAGUGCCAAGCGUGAGGCCAGGCCGGGUUGUAGCCCACAGUAUUACAUCCUCGCAAAUUGAAGUCACCUGGGGAACCCCUCCAUCCUCUCCAGAAAGAGUCCUUGGAUUCGAGGUUACGUACUGGGAAGAUGAUACCAAGCCCGACACAGUCGGAAAAGUCCGAAUAUCUGGAAAUUACACGUCAGCUAAUGUCAGUGGACUGCGAGGAAACAUCCAGUAUUAUUUAACUGUUAGUACUUUCAACACGGCAGGUACAGGACCUCAGUCUCUGCCUGUCAAUGUCACCACUAAAAAACCACCCCCUGCACAGCCCCCUCUGAAUAUCGAGUGGACCCUGUUUGAUUCGCACCUCACCUUACAGUGGGACCCCGUGAUUGCCUUGGAGACUGAAUCUGAGGUCACUGGAUAUCAAAUAUCAUACAGAAGGCAUCGUCAAAGCAACGCCAGUUUCAUCACAACAAACAAAACUACGGUGGACUUAACGCUCCCCAGCAAUGACGACUAUUACGUUCAGGUCAAAGCGUUAAGUGAAGGCGGAGAGGGACUGGGUAGUGACCUCAUCCACAUCCACAAACUCAGUAUGGGUGCGCAUGGCUCCCGAGUGUCAAGCCUCCGUUCGGCACCCAUGAUCCUGGCCUGCUCUUCAGUAAUCUCCACACUAAGCUUGACGUUGUGAUAGCUGAGCCAACCACACAGACAAGACAUAGCCUUCUUUUAACUCAUCCUCAUAUAUUUUUUUUUUAAUUCGUAAUGUUUUCACAAGUAGCAUAUGUAAAUCAAUGUACCCAAAUCUCAGUUCCAGGGAGAAGGUGUUGAAAUGUACUGUUUCGGAGAGUGCGUAUUGUAAGCGGAGAUGUUCCAAAUUAUCCUUGGUGUGCAUGUUGCUGAACAAAACAAUCUUACAAGAGACAAUGUUGUUAUAUAAAAAAAAAA